CUUGUUCAGCACCCAAAGUGGAAGGAAAGCUCUGGCCUUUCAAUGGACGAAAGUGCUAGAUUUGUCUCUGUUGUAUAAUAAUUUACCCAGCUCUCCGUGUUCGGAACAAUCGGAAUUGUCUGUAUUUAAUGUGAGAGACAGAUUUGGCGUCAAUCAUGCUUCAAAAUCAACGCAGUCCAAGCAGGGAACCACCGAGGAAGGACUUAUCGCCGCUCAUCUGAGGCCAAUCUCGAAAAACGACAACUUAGCCAGCUAGCCACCGUUAGCUUCGUAGGUAGCCAGGACAUCUAUUCACGUCGAGACCAAGUCCAACAGGUAUCCAAGAUUGGACAUCUACACACGCCUAACAGCAGGAAAACCUAUAGGCAGCAAUGGGUGCAUUCCUGGACAAGCCGAAGACUGAGAAGCACAGUGCCCAUGGGGAGGGCAAUGGGCUGCGCUAUGGCCUGAGCUCCAUGCAGGGUUGGAGGGUGGAGAUGGAGGAUGCCCACACAGCGGUGGUGGGCCUGCCCCAUGGACUCACCGACUGGUCCUUCUUUGCUGUCUACGAUGGCCAUGCUGGCUCCCGAGUUGCCAACUACUGUUCCGGCCACCUGCUGGAACACAUCUUAUCAGGAGGUGCAGAGUUUGGGUCAGGACCCAGCUCUGUAGAGGGAGUGAAGGAUGGCAUCCGCUCCGGCUUCCUGAACAUUGACGAGUACAUGCGGAGCUUUUCCGACCUGCGGCAGGGCCUGGACCGCAGCGGCUCCACAGCAGUGUGUGUUUUGCUUAGCCCAACUCACCUCUACUUCAUUAACUGCGGCGACUCCAGGGCGGUACUGAGUCGUGACAGCCAGGUGGGAUUCUCAACACAGGACCACAAGCCCUGCAACCCUCGUGAAAAGGAGCGCAUCCAGAAUGCUGGAGGUUCAGUAAUGAUCCAGAGGGUAAAUGGAUCCCUCGCCGUGUCUCGGGCCUUGGGGGACUAUGACUACAAAUGUGUGGAUGGUAAGGGUCCCACGGAGCAGUUGGUGAGCCCCGAGCCGGAGGUGUGCGUAUUGGAGCGGUCACCGGAAGGUGACGAGUUUGUGGUGCUGGCAUGUGAUGGAAUCUGGGACGUCAUGUCCAACGAGGACCUUUGUGAGUUUGUGCGCUCACGACUCCUGGUGUGCGAUGAUCUGGAGAAGGUCUGUAACGCAGUGGUGGACACUUGUCUGCACAAGGGGAGCAGAGACAACAUGAGUGUGGUCUUGGUGUGUUUACCCGGAGCUCCCAAAAUCUCAGAGGAGGCUAUGAAGAAAGAGGAAGAGUUGGAUAAAUACCUGGAAAAUCGUGUUGAAGAGCUUUUGGGAAAUUGUGGGGAAGCUGGAGUCCCAGAUCUGGUGUCAGUCCUUAGGAGCAUCGCCACAGAGAACAUCCCCAACCUUCCACCUGGUGGAGGCCUGGCCAGCAAACGGAGUGUGAUCGAGGCUGUAUACAACAAGCUAAAUCCUCACAGAGAAGAAGAAGGGGCCUGCGCAGGGGGAGAGGAGGAGAGUGAGGAGGGAGGUGGCAGCACGGCAGCUCAUCUGCUGGAGGCACUUCGGCAGUUCCGCCUGCACCACCGUGGGCAGUAUCGUGCGGUUCUAGAGGAGUCCCUGGCUGCCUACCAGCUCCCGGGGGAAAGCGUUCUGGAGGGAGUCGGGAAGAGGACCUCGAGCACCGAUGACGACGGCCAGGACCGGCCCGCCUCUCCUCCCUCACCCCCUUCUCCCCCUCCCUCACCUGUUGCUGCUGAUUCGGAGGCCUGCCGAGAUGCGCCCGCUCCCGACUCCGAUCCCUCCUCCAACUGAGUAACCUUCCUGCAUACCCACUCACCCCGCCAACCGUUUGAUCCUGCCUUGGCGCAUAUGUGCUCCCCUCUUCCUCCUCCUCCACUUUCCUUCUACCCAGGACUUGAACAGACACUCUGGCAUCUUUUCAUCUGUCAGCUACAAGUGGAGCGAUUAACUCACAAAUGCCACUUUGCUCUGUUCAAGUUCUGACUCAGAGCCACGUCAGCACCUUACACCUCAUGAAGACUGUAUCCUCCACCCCUGCCUGCUGAGCAGCUCGGCUUGGAUCCCUCUACCUGCCAGGCUGUCUUACGGCUUAACCGCGCAAACCAAUAUUCACUAAACCUUCAAUUGUAACCAUUUUAAGUGGCUGGUAAAACAAAGACCUGCACAUCAAGUUCUUGAAAAUACCAGAACUGGCUUCUUACCGACCUUCCUCAAGUCCACAUCUGCUUACAAAGGACAGACUGUGGAGACCCUCUGAGCUUCUUCAUAUCAGCCUCAUCUACUGUACAGACUCACAUCACUCUCUUUUUGUUGUGUGUCUGUGUGAAUGUUGAUGUUGGUCUGCAUGAGUGCUGAGCUCAGCCUUCAAUGCUGUAACGUGUGUUUGAGAAGGGGCUUAUCAUCUGAGCAUAUCUCACAUUCAGGUUGAGUCUUGGCGGGCUGCAAAACAAGGCCAUAAACGCUCCACCAUUAUUCAUAUCUUUUUGUACAUCAUGAAGUUUAGGAUUAAAAAAUCAGUUCAUGCACCGUGGUGCAUUCACAUAUAUUAUAAAUCCAAAUCUUUUUCAACUGUUCGUUGAUCGUUGCAUCGUGUCAACUGACAAAGCAACUUGUAAGAAAUGAGUCUGAUCAAGCACUGCUUUUUUAAAGCAACAGUAAAGUGUAUUAGCUAGUCCUAGUGAGUUUACACUUUCUUUGCUUCAUCCAUCACCGUCUGGGGAAGUUAGGAAAACAUUCUACAUCUGUCCAUCUGAGACAAAAAAAGAUUUUCAGAAAUAAACACAAGCACUGGUCAAAUGACUGGAGGAGAGAGCACUUACAUGUUUGAUACGAUAAUGUUAUUCCAAUCACAGUUGCAGCUCACAUCAGCUACUGUUGCCAUAAAUGCUUUCAUAUAAGGAGUGUCAGUAAAAACUGUUUACAUUAAAGACAGCGCCUGCAUCCCUGUUGUCUCACUCUCACCUGUGCAUACUCUUCAUAUUACACAGAUGCGGGCUGCUAACGUAUGUUCUGGUGUCUACAAGCUACACUGCGUAAGACGUUGAUAUAGACUUUGACCUGUUAUUUCAGUAUUCUAAUGUCUAAAAUGAACACCAUUUCAGAUAUAUAAAUGCUGUGAUGUUUGAGGGCUAAAUAAUAAUAAUGAUGUACGUUUGAAGAAUAAAUUCAUAACCUAGUUGUGAUUAUAAUAACAAACCAUGUUUUUGGUCUCAGCCUUGGUCGUGUAUGGCAACAAUUGACACUAUGUUUUGCCUAUGCAUGCUCUUGGACUUUACAAUCAAUGGCAUUCAACUGAGGGCAAGGUCCUGCUUAACACUGCCUGUGUGUGUCUGUGUGUGUUUAUCAAUGUGUGUGCGAGGGUGUUUGACCACUAGGUAUCAGAAUCCUGGCAAUAAGUGCGUUAUUUAAAGUGUGACGAUUCAUUCUUAUACCAAAUAGAAAUAAAAAUAUGUUUGUGAAAUCUCUAUAUAUCUUGAUGUUGUGCUAAAUUACAUUUGGCUUGUGGGCAUCACCCAGCUUUUAAUCUUAUUUGUGGUCCCUGACCUCAUUUCAUUAAGUCUUUUUCUUCAAGUUAUUGAUGGGAAAAGGCACCGUCAGCGCAACAGGUCAAAUAAUGCACCGCAACAGUGGUAGCUCUUAAAAUGGUCAACAAUAUGAAUGAAAUUUGUUUUCUGGCAUAACCUGUAAAUAUAAAGAAUCCCCCUGAGCAGUCCUUGUUUUGGAGAUAUAAAACAGAAUCAUUAUCGAUCUCUUGCCUUUUUGCGAGAUGAAAAACCUGAUCCCAAGAAAUUCAGGGAAGCAGCUCUCUUGUGCUUCCUCACUCACAGAGAGAAAAAGAUGCUGCCCAAAGAUAUGAAUUAGAACCACUUCUGUCCUUGAUAUUUCUUUUGUUGUGACCUGUAGUUGGUACACGUAGUUUAGAUGCUAAUAGAGAUAUUUUGCUGCAACUAUCACACAAUGGCGCAAUAUGCACUAUUAAUCCCGUAUAACUUGUUAUACAAAUGGGUCCACAUGAGGGCGACCUUAAAAUCGCAGUCAUCUCGCGUAGUUUCGGACAGUUUGAGCACAGGAAAGACAAAGAGAAGUUUGGGAAUGAAACCUAAUUUGUGAAGUGUACACCAGUCAGCUGUAAUUGUGACACAGCUGGAGCUCUUGUGGUGUUUGCAGGAUGUUUGCACUGGUUUUUAAGAUGGGAAAGUUAAGUAAAACAAAGUCUUCGACAAGACAAGUGUCCUUCGGGGCCAGCGUCUUCAUGUAUUUGUGAGGAUUGGUGGAUCGGUACAAACUUCCAGCUGUCACUUCUCCAGUCCAGGUCCUGACCAUAGUGGCAGAGAUUAUUUCUCAGUCAAACCUCUGGUCUCACUUGGAAGAAAUGUUUCCUUUGUUGUUUUGGCUUUUGAAAGUUCCAUGUACCAGUUUUCCCAUUUGUCCUGUGGAUUUAGAUGCCUUGUCUAAAAAGACAACAAAACUAAUGCUCACAUCUCCCGACUUCUCUCUUUUUUCC